UGAGUGCAGAAUGAAAACAAGUGCCGGGCUCAGAGGCGGAGGUGGAUAACACCUGGAUUGGCUGGCUGGUGGGUGUGGAGUGUCCCAUCUGAUGUGGGUAUAAAAAGCGAUCAGUCCUCAGGAGCAGUCAGACGGAGAGGGGCGUGCGUGUGCGUGUGUGUGUAUACAUAUAUGUGCGUGAGAGAGUGUAUGUGUGUGUGUGGAGUUAUGGCUCUGUUCAUGGACUCAGACUUCUCUUUACUUAAGCAGCACCAGCAGAAAGACGUGAUGGAUUUUAAGGCGUUGUUUGGAGAACAGGAUCACUGUAAAGGCGUCCGGGGUGAGAGCGCGGUGUCCUCUCCGGAACCUUUCAGAGCCGCCGGGUUGAUGGAGGGCCAGAGGAAGAGGAAGAGGACCAUCUUCAGCCGAGCCCAGCUGUCCGAGCUGGAGCAGGCCUUCGCUGUGACUCCCUACCCGGACAUCACUCUGAGGGAGAGGCUGGCCGCGCACACACACCUGCCCGAGAGCAAGAUACAGGUGUGGUUCCAAAACAGAAGAGCCAGAAGUAUCAAGACUGGGAGACUCCCCAAGUCUGCCAAGCCCGUCCUGGCAGGUAGAAGUGUUGCUGAUGCCUCCCCUGGGCCUGUCACGUCUGCUUUCCUUUCCUCAACCAGCUUGGCAGACAUAUUUAGGCCAGAGCAGAACCUCUCCAGUGAGGAAGUCCCACAAAUGUAUUCCGACUGGAUUCAACUCUACCACAACCCCGUAUCAUCGCCACCGUCUUCCUCAUCUCUCCACCAGCAGCCCACACUGGGUUCCUUAAAGCCUUCAGAGUCUUGUCUCUGGGAGGAAGAGCACUACCACCACCACCAGCGGCAGCAUCUGGGACCAGCACUCUCCAGUUUCCUUCCCAGUUCUUUCCCUCAGCCCAUCACCAGACAGCCCCACCACUCGGCCUCCACCCGCUCCUACCAGGCCUUCAGGAACUUCAAACCUCAGACUAUAGCUUCUUCGGGGGCUCAUCACGGCAUGUACGGAGGCAGUGCAGCAGGUGGAGGUCACACCUCUGUGGACCAGGUAGUCCCUUCCCACCCUCAGCCAAUGUACUGGGAGGUAACUCAGGGCCAAGGACACCACAACCCACACCACCACAAUCACCACCCACAGAUGGGAACACAGACCUCCAUGGGCUACAUCUCAGACCUGAUCUACAACGCUGCUAUUGUCACCAACUUUCUAGAAUUCUGAUCAGUCCAGAUGUGGACCAUGACCAGCAGGAAAGAUUAAUACUGGGACUUCUGUUUCUGUCAGUAUUUCCCCUUACAACGCGCCCAUAGUCUAAAACUGUCCUGUAUGUUCCCAGAGGUGAUUGUUCCUCAGACCUCCCUAUACUGUAGAGUUCUUUUCAAGUUUUUGUUGGUUUGCCCUCGUCUUGUUUUCAGUAUGUUCCAGUCAUGUGUUAAUCAUGACAUGAAUUGAUUUGAUUCAUUUAUGCUCUAUUUACAAUAUUUUACAUUUGCUUUGGCUCAGGUUUUAUUCUGUAUUAUUUUAAAUACUGACCACUGAUGAAGUUACACGUUGUUUUCCUUAUUGCGUUUUGUAUAAUCAUGAGGAAAUGACCACUGCAGGUGGUGUUUUGAUGAGAAUUGGCAGCUGUUUGUAGCAUUAUUUUAUACAACGAUUCAAACUAAUGAACACAUGUGUACAAUGUUAUGAUGAAUGAUAAAUGUACCUGCCUAAUUUGAUGUGAUAUGCCACAGGAGAUUUUGAGAAGAAAGAGUACAGCAUCCUGUGUUCAGAGGCAAAAUGGAAACUGAGCCAAAGCAACUGGAAACUGUGUCACAUGUCCAUGUUUCUAGUCUCAUUUUGAUAUUUUGUACAUAAAUAAAAGACUGACAGAAGGAUUCGUAGAGCAGUUCCUAAACAUAAGCAACCUGACAGUGUUCACAGUGGAAUCAUCUCUCCUAACAGCUCCUGUUUUGCUGCUCUAAGCUGAACCGUGGCAUGUUUAAUGCUGCAACCCCAAGAGUAUUAUCUUUCAA